AAGUUGAGCCAAUUAAUGUGACUAUGGUUGCUCACGAAACGUUGCAGUAAGCAUGGCAGUACCGGGUGUAAGAUCAGUGGUGUUUGUAACUGGAAAUGCCAAAAAAUUAGAGGAGGUUGUCCAAAUUCUUGGAGACAAGUUUCCUUAUAAACUAAUCUCGAAAAAGAUUGACUUGCCAGAAUAUCAAGGUGAACCGGAUGACAUCUCUAUUCAAAAAUGUAAAGAGGCAUCUAAACAAGUUGAUGGGCCCGUCAUUGUAGAAGAUACCUGUCUAUGUUUUAGAGCCCUUGGUGGUCUGCCUGGGCCGUAUAUAAAAUGGUUUCUGGAUAAGCUGAAGCCCGAAGGACUGCACAAACUCUUGGCAGGCUUUGAGGAUAAAUCUGCCUGGGCUCUUUGCACCUUUGCUUUUUGUGCAGGAAAAGGCGAGCCUGUACAGUUAUUUCGGGGGAAAACGGAGGGGCGCAUUGUUGAGCCCAAAGGCCCCAGAGAUUUUGGAUGGGACCCAUGUUUCCAACCAGAUGGCUAUGACAAAACCUACGCUGAGCUUCCCAAGGAGGUGAAGAAUACCAUCUCUCAUCGGUACCGUGCCCUGGCUGCCAUGUCAGAGCACUUCUCUCAAUUGAAUGACACACCUAAGACCUAGAAGACGAAGCAUGGGGAAUAUUCACUGGUCAUUUACAAGUUAUCAUAAUUGUCAUAAGUCAGUUGAAUACAUUUAAGAUUGGUGUUUAACCAGAACUGAUGAUGUUGAAAGCCACAUGCUGUAACGGACAGUCCGUCCUUUUUUUAACUCAGCCAGUUUGUAAUAAAUAUGUUUUGUUCACCCACUGAA